UGGAAAGAAGCAUCAGUGAUCAGCCGAAGGUGGUGGCAAACGGUCUCCUCCGAGCUCUAUUGGAUAACCCAUACACCCAGAAAGUCAACAUGAACAAGAGCGUGCUGAUCGCCUUUGUCUGCUGCUGCGUGGCUGCCGUUGCCACAGGCACCCUGCAGAAACGGGAUACGGAGUACGCUCUGAACGAUGACGAAACGUACUACAACAACUACUACAACUACCAGAACCAGCCGGUUCGUCGGCGCAAGUCGCCGUUCGGCUGGCUGCAGAGCAUCGUCAGCCGCGCCUCCGGAGGGUACGACAGCACGGGCUACUCGGGCGGCAGCUCCUACGGCUACCAGCCGCAGGAGCAGGGCGGCGGCAAGUUUGACAUCCUGGGGCCGCUGUUCCUGGUCAGCCUGGGUCUGCUGGCCGCCCUGGCGCUCGGCGCUCUGCUCGCCUUCCUGUUCACCCAGCUCAACAACUCGGGCCGUGGUCUCGACAACGACGACUGGGAGAUCAACCACUCGGUCUGGAUGGACCAGCUGCAGAAGGACUUCGAGGACUCCUGGGCCGAGGAAUAAGCGCGCCCCGAUCCGAGCCUGAUAUCCACCCGCGUGCGCCCGGGAGCCACUGCCCACGUAGGCCGCAUGCGUGCUAAACGCUGCUGUGAUGAUUGUUGAACCGAUGUUGUUGUUGGAUUCUUUGCUGUUGAAUUUGCGACAUGUUGCCUGUUGAUAAAGCCGCUGUUGUGCUAAUGAGCUGUUGUUCGCCUCUUCGCCAGGUUGUUACUGACGUUUGACGUUUCUGGGGUAUGGCAAUAUGAUGUACUGCGCUGUUUAUGUUUUCAUUUAUAGCCUUUUCGUUUUCGAGAACCAUAUUGCGACAUCGUGAUAGGUUCGUUUCAAUUUGAGGCAGGAAGAUGGCAUUUGCUUUCUCGGUUUUGAUCUUAAAUUGCUAGGAACACGCUCUCUCGUUUUGUUCCAACGUUAAAACGCUGCGAAUAUGCAGCCAAACUUCCGUUAAGGUCAGUUCAUUGUCGCACCAAAUAUUUUUAUUUCCUUGUCUUCGUUAUUCGUGCGACAUUUCUCUACCACAUCAUUUCAACGACAAAGUCUAUGCCGCAUGAUUGGUGUGCUGAUGUGAUCUUGCAUACACUUUUCCACAUUCUACAUUUUAUUUUCCCAUAAAUUGAUCUAUUCUUCUGACAUACUGUGAUGCGCUCGACUUAACCUGUCUUGUCUCGCAAACAACUAUCACUUACGUGCACAUUUGCGCAGCUUUUCAUCGUUGUCCAAGCGCGAGGAGUCCAUCAGUCCUGACCCACCCCCGCAUGCCGUUCAUUCUCGAUCGUUUCCAACUGAACUAUUUCCGCUCUCGAAGCUGAAAUCUUAUCGACGUUGUAACGCGCUUGUUCCUCGUGCUGCUCAGUCACUCAGUGCGCGGGUCUGCCCUAUCUGUCGCGCGUCCGCCGCAUCUGUCGCGCUUGGUUCGCAUAUCAAAUACGAGCUUGGUGCUCUACUGACGUUGGCGCAAUAUGAAAGGCGGUUGCUGCUUAACAGCAUCAUCC